GGGAGCCCCGUGUCAGCACAGCCCCGCGCUCCUCUCUCAGUGCCUGUGACGAACAACCCGAGAGAGCCGUCAGAGACUGUGUGUGUGUGGAUGAAGCUGUCUGAACGGACCGUCUCUCUCAAUGAGCUCAUCUCACGGUUUCCUACAGAGCCACUGGAGUUAGCUUAGCAUGUUAGCUGGAAACAGCCUGGCGGGGACGGAGCGUAGCAUCACAGCUGGUCAGAGUGAGUGUGUGGUGAAGAGCACGGUUUGUUAGUGACGGGGGGAAAGUGUGUGUGGUUGUGUGAACAUGUCUAAAGUCCACAUGCUGAGAGCUGUGGUGAAGCAGAGACUGACUGCGGGCGGAGCAGCGGCAGAGCGGCCGUACUCUGCGCUUUACGACGUCCAGCAGCUGAGUAAAGAGGAGCAGCAGGAGUGGAGCUCCAGUCUGGACCAGGAGGACCCAGAGCCCCCACACAUUAAAGAGGAACAGGAGGAACUCUGGACCAGUCAGGAGGGAGAGCAGCUUCAAGGACUGGAGGAGGCUGAUAUCACCAAGUUCACAUUCACUCUUGUCCCUGUGAAGUGUGAAGAUGAUGAUGAUGAAGAAGAGAAACCUCAGUCCUCACAGCUUCAUCAGAGUCAGACUGAGGAGAACAGAGAGGCAGAGCCUCCAGCCAGCAGCUCAACUGAACACAUGGAGACAGAAGCUGAUGGAGAGGACUGUGGAGGACCAGGACCAGACAGGAACUCAGAUCCACAUAGACAUUUAGAGCCAGUUAGUAAUGACAAAACUUCAGACUCUUCUGAGACUGAUGUCAGUGACAAUGAUUGGACCAAGACCAGAGAACCUCAGUCUGGUUCAAACUCUAUGAAGAGUAUUGUACAUAAUACUGACAAGGGAUCAUAUAUUUGCUCUGAGUGUGGUAAAACAUUUGGCCUAAAGACAAAUCUGAAAAGACACAUGAAAUGUCACACAGGAGAAAAACCAUUCAGCUGCUCAUUCUGUGAUAAAAGUUUCAAUCGGAGAGAACACUUGAUUGCUCACAUGAGGUGUCAUUCAGGAGAAAAACCUUUCAGCUGUUCUGUUUGUAACACAAGUUUUAGUCAUGGCUGGUCUUUGGAUAAGCACAUGAGAGUCCACACUGGGGAGAAACCAUUUUGUUGUUCAUUUUGCAGUAAAAGCUUCAGGCAGCGCUCAGAUUUGGUUGCACAUUUUAGAAUUCACACAGGAGAAAAACCUUUUUCCUGCUCAGAGUGUAACACCAGCUUCACCCAGCGUCACACUUUGGUUCAGCACAUGAGGAUCCAUACUGGGGUGAAACCUUUUGUUUGCUCAGUUUGCGGAAAGAGAUUCUCACGAAAGGGACAUCUAACAAGACACAUGACGGCUCACACUGGGGAGAAACCAUUCAACUGCAGUGUUUGUGACAAAGGAUUCACAUGGCAGUCACAGUUUAAAAGACAUGAGUGUAGUGGAGAGAGCAGCAGCAGUAAAUGAAGCUGUGGAGCGACAGUUUAAUGUUUCUUACUGCCCAUCUUUUGAUUGACAUGAGUGUUGAAGGGUUAGAGCAAGAACAACAUGAACGUAUAAGAAUGUGUAACAUAAUAAAUGGUCCCCGAGAAAUUAGUGUUGGUUUCCUGUUCGUUCGAUCAGACCUAAUCAUAAACACCAAAGACGUUGGUGUGCUGAAUUAUAUGUCACCGUUUCUGUACCUCACUAACUUCAACAAAUACAGGACAAACUGGUUUCUAAAACUCAUAAUAAUCCCAUAAUUCUUUUCCAAACACUUGACAACCUUGUAAAUCCAGCUCCAAACACUUUUAUCACUUCAUUAUCAAAAUGUGAAGAGUUCACUGCAUUUUUUAGACACAAGACUAAAAAAAAUCAGGUUGGACCUAAAUGUGCAAGAGCCUGUCUUUGGACACUUCUCCUCUACCUCAGACUGCUGUGAAUGAUUUUGCUGCUGUUGAUAAGAGAAAUACUUAAGAAAGAAAUAAUGCAACUAAAACCCUCCACCUGCUCACUCAUCUCCAUCCCCACCUUCUUUGUAAGGCUGUGUUUAAUUUUUUAGAUGAUGAAAUCACUCUCUGCUGACUUGUACUUUCCCUUAGGCACUGGAAACUGCUGUUGCGAAUCUUCCUGAAGAAAAGGAACCCUGAUAAAACCUUGAUUUCAAAUUUUUCCUUCUUAAAUAAAAUUGCUCAGAAAUUAGUAUUUAAACAGCUAAAUGUUUACCUACAUCUCAAAUGUGUAUUUGACAAGUUAUGAUCUGACUUUUGUCCUCACCACAGCACCGAGAGGGUGCUGGUUAUAGUACUAAAUGA